AAAAAAAUCAUAAUAGAUAUUGCCAAGUGAAAAUAAAAUAUAUUUCUAAAAACAAAAUUGUAUUUAUUUAUAGAAGUAUAUCGUUAGGCAUUAACUUAUAGUAUAAGAUUCGGAAACUAAUUAGCUAAACCAAGUCUUUUCUUCGUCUUCGUCUUCAACUUUUUAAGACAACAUCGUUGGCAUUUUGUAUAAUUUUUAUGCUAAACUGAAAAGAGUACAUUGUCAUCAACUCGGAUAGUUUAUAUAGAACCAGUCAUCUUCCACCGUCAGAACUUACUGCCGCCGGUGAUACUCUGCCUUAAAAUGCUCUGCAGGAAAAACUCAAGCGUCGUGGAUAGAGGAAAUGUUCCUGUGUAUCUCAAUGUGUACGAUCUAACUCCCAUCAAUGGCUACGCUUACUGGUUUGGUCUUGGUGUUUACCACUCUGGUGUUGAAGUUCAUGGUAUAGAGUAUGCUUUUGGAGCUCAUGAAUAUCCAAGUACUGGAAUAUUCGAAGGAGAACCGAAGCAAUGCGAAGGGUUUACGUUUAGGAAAUCAAUUUUGAUUGGUAAAACGGAUCUUGGGCCAUUGGAAGUGAGAGCUACGAUGGAUCAACUUGCAGACAAGUAUAAAGGAAGUUCUUACAAUCUCAUCACCAACAACUGCAACCACUUCUGCGACGACACUUGUAUGAAGUUAACCGGGAAUCCAAUUCCUAGUUGGGUUAACCGUCUUGCAAGAAUCGGUAAACUCUUUGGAUUCAUAUGCAACUGUGUACUUCCUGCAACCAUAAACGCGACCAAGCUCGCGGACAAUCGAGUCAACCAAGACAAAACAUGUGAGGCAGAAGCUAACACGAAGAAACUGACGAGUGUAUCAAGAAGAGAGAGGUCUACUACUGAUACACCUUCGCCAUCAUCUUCAUCUCCUUCAGUUCAAGUUCGUGGCCGAAGCAGGAAAAGGCGUCCUCGUCGUGCCAUGCAACCUUCAUCGACAUUGAUUCUCAGCUCUUCCACCACUUGACCAUCAAUAAAAUUCACUUUUAAUCUUUUCUUUUUAACUAGUUGCAGUUGUGCUUUGUAAUCUUGUUAAAGAAGUAAAGUAAAAAAGAAGAAUCAAUCUAUGGACUUGACUUUAUAUGAAACUAUAAGGAGAAUAUAUUCCAUAAACCUUUUAAACUGAUAUAUCACUUUCAGCAGUA